AUGUGGUCGCUCCUCGUUUCCCUGGCAUUGCUAUGCUUUGGCACAGUUGCCAGGGCAGCAGUUGUCACCAUCAACUGGAAUGUCACAUGGGUUUGGGCUUCUCCUGAUGGCUUUGGAAGACCCGUCAUUGGUAUCAACAACCAGUGGCCAUGUCCCAAGCUUGAGGCCAAUGUUGGCGACACCCUCAUUGUGAACCUCCACAAUGGACUUGGUAACCAGACAACUGGUAUUCACUGGCACGGUAUCAACCAACUGCAAACUCCUGAGAUGGAUGGACCUAGUGGUGUUGUCCAGUGUCCGACCCCUCCUGGAUCCUCGGUUCAGUACAAGUUCGUGCUUGAUGAGCCCGGCACGUUUUGGUAUCACUCUCACGAAAAGGGACAAUAUCCGGAUGGCCUGCGCGGGCCCCUUAUUGUUCAAGAUCCCAAUGACCCCUACAAGGGCAGGUAUGACGAGGAGAUUGUCUUGACUGUGUCCGAUUGGUACCAUUCUCAGAGCAUCCCGCUUGUUCAGAACAUGCUGUCUCCUGCCAACACGCGGUUCGCUCCACCAUUCCCAGAUACCAUCUUGCUUAACGACAAGAAGGAUGUCAAGUUCAACUUUGUCAAGGGCAAAACCUACCGAGUCCGUCUCAUCAACAUGUCCGCCUUUGCUUCUGCCUUCCUCUGGAUCGACUCACACCCUCUCACCAUGAUUAUGAGCGACUCCACCUACCUCCAAACCGAAACCGCCUACCAGUUACAUGCCAGCUCCGCCCAGCGGUAUGACUUCCUCAUCUCCGCCAUCGACCGCGACUCGGGCAAUUACCCCAUCCUCGUCGCUCUCGACAUCAACCGGGACUUCCGCAACCAAACCCUCGCCCCUGCCUUCCCUCACAACCAAACUGCCUGGCUCAUGAUGGACGAAAACGCUCCCCUAACCCGUCCAACCAACACCAUCGACGUCUGGCGUCCCGCCGACGACACGCACUUCAAACCUCUCGACAACCUCGCCAUGGUCCCCGCCUACGACCACCUCGUCAAGCUCGACUUCCGCUUCUGCCUCGACGCCAACGGCUACCCGCGCGCCUGCCUCAACGGCAAGCCCUUCAUCAGCCAAAAGGUCCCCUCGCUGUACACCGCCGCGACAGUAGGCGGGAACAACACCAACCCCCUCGUCUACGGCCAAAUCAACCCCGUAGUCGUGAGAAAGGGGGACAUUGUCCAGCUGGUGAUCAACAACCAAGAAGCCGCGGGCCACCCGUUCCAUCUGCACGGCCACAGCUUCCAGAUCUUGGACCGCGCGAGGCCGUACGCCGGUGACUGGCCCGGCCGCGACGUCAACUACAACCCGGUGCCGAACCGGCGGGACACAGUGACGGUCUGGUCGUGGAGUCAUGCCGUGUUGAGGUUCAGGGCGGACAACCCGGGCGUGUGGUUGUUUCAUUGCCAUAUUGAGUGGCAUGUGGAGAUGGGCCUGACGGCGAGUUUUAUUGAGGGGCCGGAGCAGCUGAGGGGGAAACAGUUCCCGGCGGACCAUUUGGAGAAUUGUAGGGUUGGAGGUGUGCCGACGAGGGGGAACGCGGCGGGGAAUGAACUUGAUCCGUUGGAUACGACGGGUAUGUUGACGAUAAGUCCGACGGGUUAUACUGGGUAG